GCGCCCCGGCCGGGGGAGGAGCCGAGGGCGGGACGGUCGCGCCGCGCGCCGGAGAAAGCAGAACUCGGCCACCCGCGGGAGCCCCGACGCCCGCCAGCCCCGGGCGCGCUCCGGACCCCACGCGGUGUCGCCGCGGCCUCGGACCCCGGGCGCGGGAUCCACCCCGGGCGCGAGUUAUGGGCAGCGCGGCCAUGGACACCAAGAAGAAGAAGGACGGCGCCAGCCCCGGCGGGAGCGGCCCCAAGAAGACCCCCGGGCCCAAGAGGCGCUCGCUGCGCGUGCACAUCCCGGACCUGAGUGCCUUCGCCAUGCCGCUCCUGGACGGAGACCUGGACAGUUCCGAGAAGCAUUCCCGGAAGGGGGACAGUGUCUUCAGCUCGGGCAGCCCCUCCAAAGGCUUCUUCUCCCGAGGCCCCCAGCACCGGCCCUCCAGCCCCGUGUCUGCUCCCGUGAGGCCCAAGACCAGCCCCAGCUCCCCCAAAACCGUCUUCCCCUUCUGCCAGGAGUCGCCGCCGCGCUCCCCACGCCGCAUGAGCUUCAGCGGCAUCUUCCGCUCCUCGUCCAAAGAGUCUUCGCCCAACUCCAACCCGUCCACCUCUCCCGGGGGCAUCCGCUUCUUCUCGCGCUCCAGAAAAAGCCUCUCGUCCUCGCCGUCCACGCCCAGUGCGGUCAACAAGCAGCACACGUUCCCGCUGGAGUCCUACAGGCAUGAGCCCGAGCGGCUGGAGAACCGUGUCUACGCCUCCUGCUCCCCGCCGGACUCGGCGCAGAGGUUCUGCCCGGCCCGGCCCCUGCCGGUGUCCCCAGCGCACUACCCUCCCCCCAGAACCGCGGCGCUGGCGGCCCCGGGACCCGCGCGAGCCGGCAUGCUGGAGAAGCUGGACUCGGAGGAAGCAGAAGAGUCGGAGAGCGGCGUCUACAUGCGCUUCAUGAGGUCCCACCGGUGCUAUGACAUCGUGCCCACUAGUUCCAAGCUCGUCGUCUUCGACACGACUUUACAGGUUAAAAAGGCCUUCUUCGCCUUGGUAGCCAACGGCGUCCGGGCUGCACCCCUCUGGGAGAGCAAAAAACAAAGCUUUGUAGGAAUGCUAACGAUUACAGAUUUCAUAAAUAUACUACAUAGAUACUAUAAAUCUCCCAUGGUGCAGAUUUAUGAAUUAGAAGAGCAUAAGAUAGAAACCUGGAGAGAGCUUUACUUACAAGAAACAUUUAAGCCUCUAGUGAACAUUUCUCCAGAUGCCAGUCUCUUCGAUGCCGUUUACUCGUUGAUCAAGAAUAAGAUCCACCGACUGCCCGUCAUCGACCCCAUCAGCGGGAAUGCACUUUACAUUCUCACCCACAAAAGGAUCCUCAAGUUCCUCCAGCUCUUUAUGUGCGACAUGCCCAAGCCCGCCUUCAUGCGGCAGAACCUGGAGGCGCUGGGCAUCGGCACGUACCGCAACAUCGCCUUCAUCCACCCCGACACGCCCAUCAUCAAGGCACUCAGCAUCUUCGUGGACAGGCGGGUGUCGGCCCUGCCUGUCGUGGACGAGGCGGGAAAAGUUGUAGAUAUUUAUUCGAAAUUUGAUGUCAUUAACCUUGCUGCUGAGAAAACCUACAAUAACCUCGACAUCACGGUGACGCAGGCGCUCCGGCACCGGUCCCAGUACUUCGAGGGGGUGGUGAAGUGCAGCAAGCUGGAGACGCUGGAGACCAUCGUGGACCGCAUAGUGAGGGCCGAGGUGCAUCGGCUGGUGGUAGUCAAUGAAGCCGAUAGUAUCGUGGGUAUCAUCUCCCUGUCGGACAUCCUGCAGGCCCUGAUCCUCACCCCCACAGGUGCCAAACAGGAGCCAGAAGCCGAGUGACGCGGGACAGGCAGCAGCCGACGGCCAGGUUGGACGAGGCUCCGGCGCCCGCUUCGCCUCACUCAGCGCUCGCUGCAGGAGGGACCAGGCUCGGGACGGACACCGGGGUUUGUGACGGGGUCUCCUCCAGCGAUGCUGGACCUCCGCCGAGAGCAGGACAGACGGAGGGACCGGAAGGUGUGGGCGUGUCCGACGAGACUCUUCCGGGACCUCUGACGGGUCUCCGAUGCUGUAUGUCAUUAAAGUGCACUGCGUCCUCCACUCUCCCUACGUUUCCUUUCCAAGGCCACUGGCGUGCCAGGUGCCAGGGCCCGAGCCGGCAGGUGGGGCGUGCGGACCGAGUGCCUUAUGCCAGACCCCAGCGGCCGGGCUCCUGGCCCGCCGGCCCACGAGGCUGUGAACCUUUACCAAAUCCUUCGUUUCAUUCCGCUUGGCCGGCAGCCGUUUGCUCUCGCGCGCCCGGAGACGGCUCGCGGCCGUGGGACGUGAUGCGUGCGGGUCCCAGUGCGAGCAACAAGACUUUCUCCAACAGCUUUACUGAUUCUUCCUUUCACGCCAUUUUCUCACACGCCUUGCGGGUGACUGUUGUGGGCCUUGACCUUGAACCCCGGCGGUGAGUGGCCGUCACCGUACCCUCACCAUCCCGGGCAGGACGGAGCACUGGGAAGUCGUUGAUUUUCUCCUUACGUGUUUAACUGUAAAAUCACGCUAUGUGUGCACAUGUGUGUGUGUGUGCGUGUGCGUGUGCGCGCGCGUGCCGCCGUGGCUGUAUUUGUAAACCCGACGGCGGCAUCUCUGAAUUCACGUGGCUGGACAGGAGCUGUUUCCCGACACGCGUGCUCGGAGCACGUGGGCGCUUGUACAUACAGAAGCCAACUUCGGUUUCUUGUUUGGGGAGGGAGUUGGGUUGGUGUGGUGGUUGCUGUGUUUUUUGUUGUUUGGGUUUUGUGUUUUGGUUUUGUUUUGUUUUUUCCUUCCUUGCGGAUUGAAAAAUUAAAAGAAAUCUGACUACCUUUC